AUGGUUAUCAAACAAUUGUGCCCAGAGGAAGCACUGGUAAAAGUCUUGGCUCGAGUGUCACUGAGGAACAUCGCCAGAUUCAGAUCAGUGUGCAAAGAAUGGAAAUGUUUAAUCGAUUCAGACUUCUUCCGAGAUCUCUACGAAUCACUGAAAUCUUCCUCCACCUCCGUGUCGUGGUCGAUUAUGAACACAAGGGACAAAAGAGUGUCUCUUGAAAUCGUGGGACACCACGGAUGUGAGAGAUGGGGACUUACCAAUUCCCUAGGCUCUUACAUGCAUCACAUUCCCGAGACCACAGUGAGAAAAAGUUCUGUGUUGAGCUGUACGGAUGGUAUUGUAUUGCUUUACACUGAGACAGUCGAAGGAGAACUAAUGUAUCAUGUCGGGAACCCCUUGUUGCGACAAUGGGCGCGGAUCCCUCUUCCUUCACAUCUCUCUGCUUUCGAUGUCGUGAGGUUACAAGAAAAUCGACAUUUCAGCGACAAUGGGUUGGUCACAAAGAUGGAAAAGGGUGUUGUCGUGGGUUACAAGGUUGUCUGGGUGUUAGCAUCAACUCCAUUAUCUCGGGAACUCACUUUCAUGAUAUAUUCCUCUCAAACAGGAUUGUGGAAAAACAAAAGGGCUCGCUGUGUCCGUUCCUUGUUCUGGUCUAGACUAGGAUAUUAUGUUCCUUUGAACGGGGUUCUCCACUGGCUUGCUGCGUACGGUUGCUCCUAUGACGCAAAUUAUGUUGCAUCCUAUGAUUUCUAUAAUGGAUGUGAUGAUGAUCUUGACUACUUUAAUAUUAUACCUUUUCCUGGUAUUGAGCGAUUUGAACGGAACCAGCGUUUCAAGAGAACUAUCACAACGUCUGCGGGAUUUGUGGUGUACUGCAACGUUUUCAAUGAUAAUGGAGGCCGUACAAUCAGGGUUUGGAGGCUAGUCUCUACGAAUGAUCAUCCUAAGUCAUGGAAACUCUCGUGGAAACUCAACACCAACUCGUCCUUGCACAGGUUUGGUGCUGAUUAUUUCCCUGUGGUAAUGCAUCCUUUGAACUCCGACAUCAUAUACCUGUGGAGUAGGAACAAGAACGGUUUGGUCUUGUUAAACUUGAGGACACACAAGUUUAGUCUUCACAAGGAGGAGGCAUCAUCAGAAGAUGAUGAGGAGGGGAACACGUCUAUGGAUGGUUGCAUCAUGAGCUUUAGCGGUUGCAAGGAGUAUAUGGACUUGAUCCAUCCAAUCUUCUUUAAUAAUUUAUUAGGUGGUUUUCACAACCUCUACUUUUCACAGUACGUUCUACCACGUUGGCUGAAUCCGCUCCCUCAGCUUUCUUCUUGA